AAACUAAUUCUACACCUAAUGACUUUCCCUCAAUAAUUUAGCCCCUAAUCUUCAGCAUCAUCCUCUUGCUUAAUUGUUUCUAGGGUUGCUAUAAUCACAGGUGCAACUGUGCACUAUGUUGUUUCGAGGCAGGAGAGAGGCAACCUGCACCUGCCCAUGGAGGACUCGGAUUAGACUAGAGCACAAGAUGGCGUGCUUGACCAAGUAUCAGCACGCCACGAAUGCAACGAAUUAACGCGAGAGAUGUUGUAUAAGUAGUGUGAUUUGAUGCCAAGUUCUUGCAUCUUGUCAAAUAGUAUUUGGGCGUGUUGAUGAUGAGCGUGCAAAUGGCGGCGUCGCUACGUGUGAUCGUUGUGUUGGUGUGUGUGACGGCGGGCGCCGCCCUCGCCGACGCGGCGGCCGGCGGCGUCCGCGUCGGGCUGACGCGCAUCCACUCCGAGCCCGGGGUCACCGCGUCCCAGUUCGUGCGCGACGCCCUGCGCCGCGACAUGCACCGGCGCGCGCGGUUCGGGCGGGAGCUCGCGUCGUCGUCGUCGUCGUCUUCUCCGGCGGGCACGGUGUCCGCGCCGACGAGGAAGGACCUGCCCAACGGCGGGGAGUACAUCAUGACGCUGGCCAUCGGCACGCCGCCGCAGUCGUACCCGGCCAUCGCCGACACCGGCAGCGACCUCGUCUGGACGCAGUGCGCGCCGUGCGGGGAGCGGUGCUUCAAGCAGCCGAGCCCGCUGUACAACCCGUCGAGCUCGCCGACGUUCCGCGUGCUCCCGUGCAGCAGCGCGCUGAACCUGUGCGCCGCCGAGGCGAGGCUGGCCGGCGCGACCCCGCCGCCGGGGUGCGCGUGCAGGUACAACCAGACGUACGGCACCGGGUGGACGUCCGGCCUGCAGGGCUCGGAGACGUUCACGUUCGGCUCGUCGCCGGCCGACCAGGUGCGCGUCCCCGGCAUUGCCUUCGGGUGCAGCAACGCCAGCAGCGACGACUGGAACGGCUCGGCGGGGCUCGUCGGCCUGGGCAGGGGCGGCCUGUCGCUCGUCUCCCAGCUCGCCGCCGGCAUGUUCUCCUACUGCCUGACGCCGUUCCAGGACACCAAGAGCAAGAGCACGCUCCUCCUCGGUCCGGCGGCGGCGGCGGCGGCGCUCAACGGCACCGGCGUCCGGUCGACGCCGUUCGUCCCGAGCCCGUCCAAGCCACCGAUGAGCACGUACUACUACCUCAACCUCACCGGCAUAUCCGUCGGCCCGGCGGCGCUGCCCAUCCCUCCCGGCGCGUUCGCGCUCCGGGCAGACGGCACCGGCGGGCUCAUCAUCGACUCCGGCACGACGAUCACGUCGCUGGUCGACGCGGCGUACAAGAGAGUCCGCGCCGCGGUGCGCUCCCUGGUGAAGCUGCCGGUGACGGACGGGUCGAACGCCACGGGUCUCGACCUGUGCUUCGCGCUGCCGUCGUCGUCGGCGCCGCCGGCGACGCUGCCGAGCAUGACGCUCCACUUUGGCGGCGGCGCGGACAUGGUGCUCCCGGUGGAGAACUACAUGAUCCUCGACGGCGGCAUGUGGUGCCUGGCGAUGCGGAGCCAGACCGACGGCGAGCUCAGCACACUCGGGAACUACCAGCAGCAAAACCUGCACAUACUCUACGACGUCCAGAAGGAGACGCUGUCGUUUGCUCCGGCCAAGUGCAGCACGCUCUGAUCAGACGAGAGUUGUACAGAUCGAUUCAUGUGACACGUGUACAUUUUUCUGGUUAUUAGUAGUAUAUGUUUCUGGUUAUUUUUGUAUAGUUUCUACCUCGUUUCUUGAGGGUCUUGAUCGGUAGAAAUUUCUGUAAAAAGCUUCUUAAAAAAAUGUUGUAUGAGACUAAAACAGGAAAGAUUCAGCUUAGAAUUCACACUCU